GAGCAAGGAGGCAAUGACAGAGAGAAAGGGAGACAGACAGAGACAGAGAGAACGUGUAGGUGAAAAAAGAGACAGUGAUGGAGGAUGAAGAGUGGAUGAGUGUGUUUAAUAGGAGAGCAGAAGAACUGCAGGACAAGUGGACGCUCCUGAUGGACGACUCGAUUCAACCAAAAAAAACAGCUCAUGGGUUCUAUGAGUACCUGAAAGGAUCAUUUGCACGGUUUCGGUGUUCCGGGUGUGGCCGUUCAUGGCCCUCUAAGCGAGUGAUGGUGGUGUUUCACUUCUCACGGGAUGCGGCAAGUGGCCGUGGCACUGUAAAAGUGCGCCACUUUAGGCAGGAGUGUCGCCGCUGCAAUGAUCACAGGAAGGAGAAGCCGAAAUUCGGUAAAGAGAACAUUGACAUGAUGGUGGAGAAACUGAUAGAGAAGAUUAAAUUCAGGUGCUAUGGCGAGGACGUAGGAGAAUCUGGCCGAACCUCACACUUUAUCGAUAGAGUGAACGGUCCACAUGAAAGUGCACACUGUGAGGCCUGUCAGCUGGGGAUUUGCCAAAAGGGAACAUGAUCUUCACACCUGCCCCAGGGUUUUAGUGUUAACUAUUUCUUUACCCACUGUUAGGGUGAUUAUCUGACACUUCUAGAGGGCCAUCCUUAUACCACCCCGAAUGACCCCCAACCACCUCCAGAAGACCAUGUGAUGAUUUCAAGUCUGCACAAUGGUCAUAUAAUUAAUAAGUUACAAAUGUAUUAUUGUAUUAUUAUAAUUGUGUAAUUUAGUUUAAUAUAUACAAAGGUAAUGUACAAAAAAAAAUGUGAAUAAAGAAUAAAGUAUAUAU